AUGAAGAAAAUUCAGAUGAAGCACAGCAAUAAGGAGAAGACAUCAUACGGAUUACAGCAUCGGAAGGUGUUCCGGCAAGGUCCUGCAGAACCGUUCAUGUCGUUCAUUGAUCGACUCACGCAAGCCGUGGAUCGACAGUACUCAGGAUGUGCAACACAGCUCUUUUUCUUUUUUCUCUUCAUGGGAGCAGAGCUUGCCCUGCUGACCAUCAUGUGCUACGACCGCUACGUGUCCAUCUGCAAACCCCUGCACUACGGGACCCUCCUGGGCAGCAGAGCUUGUGCCUGUGAAAUCCCCCAGAUCCUCAAGCUCUCCUGCUCACACUCCAAUCUCAGAGAAGUUUGGCUUCUUGCUCUUGGUGCCUGUUUGGUAUUUGUUUGUUUUGUGUUCAUUGUUUUCUCCUAUGUGCAGAUCUUCAGGGUUGUACUGAGGAUCCCCUCUGAGCAGGGACGACAAAAAGCCUUUUCGACUUGCCUCCCUCACCUUGUUGUGAUCUCUUUGUUCCUUAGCACCGGCACGUUUGCCUACCUGAAGCCCCCCUCCAUGUCCUCCCCAUCCCUGGAUCUCGCCCUGUCAGUUCUGUACUCGGUGGUGACUCCAGCCCUGAACCCCCUCAUGUAUAGCCUAAGGAACCAGGAACUCAAGGCUGCAGUGUGGAGACUG